GCUCAGACAGGCUGUCAGUCGGUCUGGGAACUCCCCGGAGUGGCUGUGGGCAGCCCAUUGCCUGGGCUUGGUCUCCGCCCUCCCCCGCGCUCUCUCGCAGCUGGCCCUAGCGUUCCAGUUGCUCAGGAAUGUUGCGAGCGGGGUUCAGGCUGCUAGCAGGAGCCGGAGGGAGGGGAGGGAAGGGAAGGUGAGCUCUUGCUGCCUGAUCUUCUCCUGUCGUUUUCUUUAAAUGAAAAAUUCAAACCCUACCGAACUGGUUCCCAGCCACCACCAGAAAAUGUGCGGCCAAGUGCCAGGGGCUGGUGAAUAACUGCGCGGGAUUAAGACCUCCCUGCCAGCAGGGUUACAGGUGCUGAACUGCCACACGGAGCUCUCCAGGGUGCUGAAGUCCCGGCAGUUUUCUCCAACAGCUCUCCAGACAGAACAGAUUUUCUUGGCACUCUUUCUGCAUCCUCCAUGACUCGGAAACGUCUACUCUCGAGGUUGUGAAUGCCUCGUAGUAUCAUGGCCAAGGUUAGAUACCUUCGUGCGGCUGUUUCGGGAUUUUAUUUGUGGGAAGCUGCAGUUCUGCUCAGCUUGGUAGCCACAAAGGAAACAGACAGUGCAAGAUCUCGUAGCAUGCCAAUGUCGCCAUCUGAUUUUCUGGAUAAAUUAAUGGGUAGGAUGUCAGGCUAUGAUGCAAGAAUCAGACCAAAUUUCAAAGGCCCUCCAGUUAACGUCACAUGUAAUAUAUUUAUAAACAGCUUUGGAUCCAUCGCAGAGACAACCAUG